AUGACGACUACUCAAACUUUUUUACUUGUUUCGGCUAUUGUAGUUGCUACUACUUUGGCUGCAUCUUCGGAGAUUACUGUUCGCAUUGAACGACAUUUCCCAUGUUCUGCCAGCUCAGGUUAGUUCAUAAUCAAAGUAAAAAAUGACUUGUUUUCAUAAUUUUUGCAAUAUCUUCUCUGAAAUUUUCAGUAUUAGCUCUGAUUUUCUCUAAUAGAAUAUCUGACUUUUAAUUGUUUCAAUGUGUUUUGAAUCAACCAAACACCAGAGUCAUAGAAUGACAUAAUAUCAAUAACAUUCUCAAUAGAAAACCAGUUUUUUGCUAGUUUUCAUUAUUUUGAAGUGAAUUUGAAAUAUCUGAAAAAUCGAUAAAUCGAUAUGAUAAAAAUUUAUCAUUAACGUUUUUUGUUGAAAUUCAUCAAUACAAGUGCGCGUCCUUGGGGGUGAGUGGAAGGCAAUAAACACACAUUUUGAUUUAUCUAAAAAAUUAUAUGAAAAAAAGGUAUCAUAAAUAAAAGAUGAAGAUUUCCGGUUUUUCUGUCGGCCUCCGAUCAUCCUUUUCACGCAAGUAUUUUUUUCUAGAUGAUUAGAAUCUUAUGAGUCAUAUUCAAAAAAUGAUCCGAUUUGUUUCAGGUCCAAAGAAGGAGAAUGUGCUUAUCAAGUUCCCAUCAUAUAAGACACCAGGAGUUGAAUUCCACGAGGAAGUUGGAGAAAAUGGUCACAAGUGUUUCAGAAUGUCCGGAGGAAAAGUUGAAGUAACUGCUCCAGGUCUCGAUGGAUCAAAGAAAUAUUUCGUUCAUCUUGAAACCAGAAUUGGAAUCCAUGGAAAGCCAGAACGAUGUGUGAAUGCUGAUUCAAAUGGAUGUGGUGGAAUCGGAUCGUGUGUUCACUGCGAUAUCUGUCACACAAUGGGUGGAUCUUUGAAAAACUUUGUUCAAAUUUUCCAAGGAAACAAACCAGCUCAAUGCUCGGUUAAAGGGCUUCAAGCUGGUUCAUACAGUGAUUUGUCACUUCGUGUUUGUCUCCCAACCAAAAGUGAACUCCUUCCAUUCCUUGACCAAAAUGCUUCACGCGCUGAACAACUUUGGGAUCUUUUUGUUAGCUCGAGAGCUAGAUCUGGUGUAUGUUUCAUUUAUAUUUUCUGAAAACUUCAAAUUAUUUUCUAACGUUUUAGGAAAUCCCACUCGUCAUUGCUGCUCGCUUGUUUGAUCGCCCAAUCAAUAACAUGGAUCCAAAGAAAUUGAACAGCAUUCUUCAUGACACCAAAGAAGGUAUGAUUGGAUGUCACUGGAUUUAUGCCACAGUUUCGCAAGCCAACUAA